UCGAGAAAAGGAAAUGGCGAAGGUACCGGCCGACGUGGAAAAGAGGACGCAUCUGCAACUGGAAGCCAAUCGCGUGACAAACGCGUCGCUGGAGAGCACGAGGCGGUCGGCGGCGAUGUGCGAGGAGAGCUUGGGCGCGGGGGCCAAGACACAGGUCGCGCUACAUCGGCAGGGGGACCAACUUGACGAAGUGGGACACUCGAUGAUGCAGAUCGACGUGGGUUUGAGGGAGGCGAGUGGGAACCUGGAUGAGAUGCGGCGGUGCUGCUGCCUCUGCACGCUGCCGUGCUGGAAGGCGUCGCAGUUCGAGGAGGCCUGUGCGUCGAAAAGCGGCGGGGACGGGAAGGUGGUCGAGCGGCAACCGCAGCGGCUCCCGCCACCCCAAGUCACCUCCGGCUACAUCCCCAGGCUGACGGACGACGCAAGGGAGGACGAGAUGGAGGCAAACUUGCAGCAGAUCUCUCAGAUCAUCGGGAAUAUGCGCAACAUGGCCCUCGACAUCGGUGAAGAGGUCAAGGCCCAGGAAGCGCAAGUGACCAAAAUCACCUGCAUUGCCGAAUCCAACGAAACUCACCUGAAGCAUGAAAUGGCGAAGUCUCUGUCUGCCCUGGAAACGAGGACUCAUCUGCAACUAGAAGCCGAUCGCGUGACAAACGCGUCGCUGGAGAGCACGAGGCGGUCGGCGGCGAUGUGCGAGGAGAGCUUGGGCGCGGGGGCCAAGACACAGGUCGCGCUACAUCGGCAGGGGGACCAACUUAACGAAGUCGGACACUCGAUGAUGCAGAUCGACAUGGGUGUGAGGGAGGCGAGUGGGAACCUGGAUGAGAUGCGGCGGUGCUGCUGCCUCUGCACGCUGCCGUGCUGGAAGGCGUCGCAGUUCGAAGAGGCCGGUGUGUGGAAGAGCGGCGGGAACGGGAAUGUGGUCGGGCGACAGCCGAAGAGGCUCCCGCCACCCCAAGUCACCUCCGGCUACAUCCCCAGGCUGACGGACGACGCAAGGGAGGACGAGAUGGAGGCAAACGUGCAACGGAUCUCCCAGAUAAUCGGGAAUAUGCGCGCCAUGGCCCUCGACAUCGGCUACGAGGUCGAGACCCAGGAAGUACAGAUGACCAAAAUCGCCGGCAUUGCUGAGUCCAAUGAAAUUCAACUGAAGCAUGUCAAUCAACUGGCAAGCAAAAUCAUGAAAUUG